AUCCCAUGUAGGUGUUGUUAAACGUGGUCUGCCACUGCAAGGACGAUCAGCUGUGCUUCCUGUCUCCCUGUAGCGCUGUCUUAGGCGUCUCACAGUAGGGACAUUGCAGUGUAUUGCCCUGGCCACAUCUGCUGUCCUCAUGCCUCCUUGCACCAUGCCUAAGGCACGUUCACACACAUUAGCAGGGACCCUGGGCAUCUUUCUUUUGCUGUUAUUGUCUUUUUGACCGUUCAACAGGUGCGUGUUCAUUAAUUGUUUAUGGUUCAUUGAACAAGCAUGGAAAACAUUGUUUAAACCCUUUACAAUGAAGAUCUCUAAAGUUAUUUCGAUUUUUACAAAAGUAUCUUUAAAAUAGUAUCCUGAAAAAGGGGCGUUUUUUUUUCUGUUAUCUGUUUACAGCACAGCCAAACAAACUGAUGUUUGUUCAACAAACAAAAAAUGCCAAAUGCAUUUUUGAUGAUUGACUGGGGUCAGUGUUAACUUCGUGACAAAAUACAUGCGUUUCCUGAGAUUUCUUCACAGUAAAAGCCCCCACGUCAAGCCAGCAUCUACUUUGAAAAACACCAAACAAACUACUAGCCCCCACGUUGUUUUGCGGUACGGUAUAUGUAAAUAGGCAUUAUGGUUAAAGCGUGUAAGAACUGAUCACAAAAUUAAAACAAUGUCCACAUUCAUUCAAUCAAUAAAUCAGUCAGUCAAAUAAAUAAAACAAAAUAAAGAAAUAAAACAUAAAAUGGAGAAUGAUACAACACAAAAAUCUUGAUCGUGGAGGCUGAGUCAUUUAAAUUGUGUGAAUAAUAAGUCUAACCUACUAAUAAAAAGAAUACAUUUUUUUAAAGGCCAAUCUGACUUCAAAAUGACAACUUCCCCUUUCCACAGACCAAUUUCACUUUGAAAUGAUAGCAGACCACAUAGUGUUACUCAGACAGUAUCGGGAAACUGAUUUUAAAAUGAAAGCUUUUAUUUUGAAAUCACUUCUUACAUGCUCUUACUAUUACUCGCAGUAAAUACACAUACUGUACUGCAAAUCAACGUGUGGGCUAGUUUGACUGUGUUUUUCGAAGUGGAGGCUGCCUUCACUGUAGUCAUUUCACCAGGUGAACCCUCUAAUGGGAGCAGCAGCAGUAGGAAAUGUUCAGUUUGCAGAAACGGUAACUUAAUCCAGCUCUGAUAUAGCGUUAGGAGAGUGAGCAGUAAACAGUGAGGCCGAUAACAGUUGGAUAAAAUUACAAACCGUAAUGCUGUAUUACCUACUUCAUCAUUUCCUGGUAAUCCCUUGUGUGUAGGUAGCCAAUUUAAAGCCAGCGUAGGGAUGGUGGACUCCACUAUCAAUGAAAACUGCUACAUAAAAAGAUCAUUCCAGAAUGUUAAUACAUUGAAUUGGUUGUCGCAGAAGAAAUGCUGACUAUAAAUAGUAUCGAAAACGGGGUUUGAUCUCAUUAAAAUUGGAAGGAUUAUAGCUUUAAAGGGUGGCGUAUGUUGUUGUCUGCCUCUCAGCGUAGCUGUCCAUUCACUUAUAAAUAGGGCAAGUCUAUAUAAUCAGCCAAGUUUUUCUCUUUUAGCAUCGCACUCACUGUUGUUGCAUGUUCACCUGUACGCGUUUUAUAUAAAGUAUAAAGUAUAGUAUAUAAAAACAUUUUAUAGUACUGCAAAUGUGUCUAUUGAUUAUACAAUGAAGGGAACGGGAGGAUCACACAGCCUGUCGUAAUAUAGUACAUUACAAUUGACUCCACAGUUUGAACUGCACUUGCUUAGUAGUAUCAUGAUGUUUUGUAUAAGCCCUCAUUUCCACUUCCUGUUUUCACAACGGAAACCUGGAAUUAAUCUGUGAUGUAAAUCAUUUUAACGUUUUAAUUUAGCACUAAAGGAUGCGGUGGCUUCAUUUGUAAAGUAGCCGCACCACAAAGAGGACUCGGAGGCUUUUUUACAGUAUGUUUCUCAGUGAAGAAUCAUAGCCUCUCUGUGUGACAGUAAGAGAAAUGGAACUACCAGCUCAUAUUUCCCAGCAUGACUCUUUGUCAGAGAGAAUGAUCUGAAAAUGGAAAAGUAGAGAAAGGAGCUGAGAUGCCAUUAUUAUAUGAGGGUCAUAAAAAUAGGACCAUUACCAUCAAGGACACCAUUAUGAGAGGGCAUUUAUUCAUCAUCAUCAUCAUCAUCAUCAUCAUCAUCAUCUGCUGCUGCUGCCUCUGCUCCCAACUACCCCACUGCCAUUAUCAUUCCCCCCUCAUCAUCAUCAUCAUCAUCAUCAUCAUCAUCAUCAUCAUCUACCCUCAUCAUCAUUAUCAUCAUCAUCAUCAUCAUCAUCAUCAUCAUCAUCAUCAUCAUCAUCAUCAUCAGCAGCAGCAGCCUCACCAUUAUAGUCAUCAUCAUUAUCAUUAGGCUCGGUAAUCAUCCACGAGGGGUUUCCAUGGGGCAGAAUAAAAGGGCAGCGUCGACUCUCGCCUUCCUCACAUCCUGCCUCGGCAUCUGUGAAGGAAGGUGGUUUUUCUUUUGGCUUGUUUGCUUUCAGAAGCACACGCUGAAGCUGGAGAGCGCUGCUGUGUCUCGAAGCUUUUCUUAAAUUCCUCUGGGAAAAGUGCCUCUCUCGUUGUCUUUUUAAUGACUGAGAAUCUCGGAUGGCAUAACAUAACAACAGCUGAAACGCAGUUGACCUUGCAGGUAGCACUGUGAGUAUGAAUUGUUUCUCUGGAAAUUCACUUUUCUCACUUUUUUGCUGAGGAGAGAAAUUCCGUCUCCGCUGCCGUUAUCUUUUUCAGUGUGAUGGAAAUGGAGCGACAUUAUCUGAAACCGCUCGGUGCUGCUGGUUGUUUUCUUUGUCAGACAGUUUGGAGUCAUUCAGUGAGAUUUGUUAGAAGAUACCAUUUGAAUUGGAUGUGUGCCUUCAUUUGUACGGGAGUGAGUUUCUACGUUAAACUCAGUAAUAUAAAAUGUGGUGUCAUUCUUAAUGUUAUACUAACGGUGUAAACAAUAUGAAUUUGUCAUAGCCAUUAUUUCAACUAUGGUUACUUCAUGCCACUUUUCAGUGGUGUUGUCAUCAAUCCACGCCCCACUUGCACCUUAGCCAAUCACAUCUCCAGCCUGUGUACUAUGAAAAUAAAAGUGAUGGAAUUACAUUUUAUUGUAGUAAUUUAGUAUUGAAUUAUUUCACAAUGUAUCUGUUCAGUUAUACAUUUGGUUGUGUUAGUUUGUGUGAUCAUUUCAAAAUGUCUGAUUAGUUUAUUCCAAAGUGGUCAUUUUGGACUUCCAUACAAUUGUGCUCAGCAUUUAGUUGUACUUGUUCCGUUUGAUUUAAGUUGUGAAUAAUACAGAUAGUCUUACAGUAUAUUAAUAGAGAUGUGUGUGUGAUUGUCUCUGAUGCUGUUUGUCUUAUGUGCUUUUGUGUGACUGGCUGUGUGUUGUCUUCUCUGUGUAUUUGUAUCUGUGUAUGUACUCAGGUCUGUCUUGAUCUCAACAUUACCUGAUUAAAUAAAGGCUAUAUACAGUAUACUACAGAAUAAGCCAUUCCAGGUAGAGAGGACAGUUGCAAAUGUAAGCCUAGUGUGAAAUUCAGUUCAAAUAUUGAAUUGAAAUGUUAUAGGUUUAAUAAACAGCAGUACAGAAAAUGUGCUCUGGGUUUUUCAAGGUAUGUAACGACAUUUAGAGUGGAUUGUGAAGGUCUUUGUUCUGAAAAUGUGCAGUGUUUAUGUUACAUGUUUUUCUGUUUGUCUUCCCUGUUCAGAAGUAGCAGCUGAGAUUGGUUUCUCUGUGUUUCCUCUGGGUGAUGAGGAGAGCCCUGCCUACAGCCAGCUCAGCAUGGAAAGUGAAACAGACAACUCACACAGCACAACUGACAACGGUAGGGAAGACGAGGGCAGAGCAGCCCAGUCCGAGCCCAGUUUUCCUCCCUACCUGUCUUGCAGGGGCUGCGGACAGCUCCGUGAUGAGCCUCUGGGACCUGGCAUAGACCUGGUUGGUCCAUACUGCCUUAGGUGCUGCAAAGCCUCCAGGGAAGCCAAAAGUACAGACUUUUGUUCACCUUUUGGAAGCAUAAGCGGGAUGCGCUCAGAUUCCCAUUUGCAGCUGGACGGUGAAGGGGUGGGAAACGGGAUGGGCGACAAAACCCUGUCAGCUGAGGACAAAUUGGCCAAACUGCACUCGUGCCACCUCUGUGGCUUCUCCUCGCGUUACGCCAACCAUGUGAAGCGUCACAUGAAGACGCACAACGGGGAGAAGCCCUUUAACUGCCCCUUGUGCACUUACGCCUCAGCCCAGCUGGUGAACCUGCAGAGACACCUGCGCAUUCACACGGGGGAAAAACCUUACAAAUGUGACAUCUGCACUUUUGCCUGCAGUUCCCUUGGCAAUCUCAAGAGGCAUCAGCGGAUGCAUGUACCCUCUGCAGUGGCGGGACAGGACACGCCGCCACGACCGAUCAGUGGCCAAAACAGCCUGAAGAAGCAUGUGACUGGGCAAAGGCCCAAUGAUGAAGUGUCGGGUACUUCAGCCAACGUUUCAGACGUUGCGAGGCCAACUUCAAACCUGACUUUAGGAGCCCAAAACAAUGACUACCUAUCAGCCUUUGAUGGCUUAAAGGGAGCAUCACCACCACCCAUAGCAUCUUCUAACCCAGCUCCAGGUCACCAGCCUCCACCCCUGCUGGACACCACAGGAAGUGGCGGCAGCAGGGCGACCAGAGUGGGCGUAGCAGACGGUGCCGCCCUCCCCCCUUCACUUUUCCCUUUCACUUGCCGGUUGUGUGGCAUUGUCCUGGAGGACGAGGAUGGCUCCUCAGCCCAGAUUUGUGCCAAGUGUACCCUCGAAAUGCUGACUAAAGACUCUUCAUCAUCUCCCAACAGCCCUGGUGAGCGCAGCGACAAGGUGUACACCUGCGCCGCCUGCCCUUUCCUCACACACUACCCAAACCACUUGGCACGCCACAUGAAAACUCACAGCGGCGAGAAACCAUACAAGUGCCCACAGUGCGACUAUGCCUCAGCGCACUUCGACAACCUCAAGCGCCACCACAGAGUGCACACAGGCGAGAAACCUUACAAGUGCCAUUUGUGCGAUUACGCCUGCGGAAACCUGGCCAACCUGAAGCGUCACCAGCGGGUGCACUCGGGGGCAAAGCCCUUCCAGUGUGCCGUGUGCAGCUACAGCUGCAACCAGAGCAUGAACCUGAAGCGGCACAUGCUCCGGCACACAGGAGAGAAGCCGUACAAAUGUCAGGAGUGCGGCUACACCACUGGCCACUGGGACAAUUACAAGAGACAUCAGAAGAAACACGGCCUGGCCACAGAUGGCUGGGUCAAAGUUCCAAUGACUGGCAACAACGAAGAUGAAGAGGAAGUGAGGAAAGGGAUGGGAGUUGGCGUUCCAAGAAAAGAAACAGGGGUUGAUAUGCAGUACAUGUCUAGGGAGGGAGGUCAGACAAUACACUCGUGCUACAAACUCGAGAUUGCAUAAAAUAUAACUCAGCAAAACUAAGCUACCAGCAACUUGUUUUUUGUUUUUGUUCACAGAGCCUUUAUAUUGUUUUAGUGUGUGUCGGUCUUAAGUGUUUUGUCAGAUGUUUUCAGAGGCUGCUAAUUGAUCAUUUUUAGAAUAUCGCACAAUUAUGUAACAAUUAUUCUGAAUAUUUUGAGAGUUUGUCUUCUACUCUGUAUUUCUGUCAAGACAAAUGGACUUUAUCCACUGUGGAAGUCCUUACCAUCUUAUUCUGUAUGUUACACCACCCUCGGCUAAUUCUAACAUUUUCCCUCUCAUAUUACAACACAUAUCUGGUUCUUCAUUCCAGGACAGAGAACACUACCAAAUACUCCAAUACAUGUGCACAUUUUUGCCUGAACUGUUGAGCUGCACUGUGUAGUUUUUUUUUUGUUUGUUUUUUAAUAAGGGACAAUUUUUUUUGUAUUAAAAGUGUAGGUCAAACCUUUUUGUUUUGUACCAAAUAUCUAAUGAAACAACUUGAAUGUUACUGAUAGAUGAUCACAUUCACCUGAUUUAACUUUGCUUCAUGAGGAUAUUUUGACUGCACAGUGCAGCUUUAAGUAAAGACGGGUCCUUCUAAGGACAAAUAUUGUGCUUUGUUUGCAUUGGGGCCCAAAGCUCUCUAAUGGCAUGGCUUCAUAAUAAUUUACUAAUGUAUGUACUAGCAAGGUGCUAUUUAAUAAUACUGAACUUGUUUUACCCUUGAUAAACUAUUGAUUAAUUAGGUUGUGUUAACCUAACUAAAAAAAAAAAAUCUCCCAUGUCUCAAACUGCAUUGUCAUCUUUGCAGACCCCCUCAGGAUUAUGAAAUGUGAUUAAAAAAAUAAUUUCUGGUCAUUUAAACACUUAACUUGCAUGCACAUUUUGAAAGGCCCCCUUUAGUCUUCACUUGUUUGUAUGGUUUAAGAAAAAGCACAAUCAUACACACACCGUUGCAUUUAAAAGGUUUGCGAUUAAGUUGUGGAGGGGAAAUAAGCAUUGAUUGACGUUCAUUUGAUUCAGGAGUAAUAAAUUGUAAACAAGCAUGUUCAAAAGAUGUUUUACCCCCACAAACUUGUACUUGCUACAUAUCACUAAUCUUUUAAUUUCUAAUAAUUUGGAUCACGUUCCUUUUAAUUACCAUUUACUAUCGACUGUGAAAUUAGCCCAUUCUCGUGUUUUUUACUUGAAAAAGAUGACACUAUUAAUAAGCAUGCAAGUGUGUAAUAGUUGUUUUAUUUUUCUAAUGUGGCUGUAAUACACUGCUAGAAGUGCAUACUUUAAUAUAUAGAAUUGUGUUUUUAUUAUUUUGAAUGUGUGAUGUGUCAUUUAGUUCCCAUAGGAAAAAUAUUAGGGACUGUGAUUUAAGGUUAUACUCUUUUUUGAAUUACUAUAAUAUGCAAGUGAGAGAUUUUUCAGGUUGCCAACUUGCCAUGACAGAGUGGAGCAUUGAUUAGUACUGGCAUCCCCCAAGUGUCCGUUUUUGUCUUCAUGCAGUGUCUCAUAAAUGCCUUAAGUGAGGAUUUUGAAAUAAACACAUGGAAUUCAUUUCAUUGAAUGUCA